CAACCAAGCGGCACUACGGCGCCAGCGUCGUGCACCAGCAGCCCCGCCAGGGGACCUCCCGCCGCGAUCAACUUUUCCUGAAUCUUGUACCCGGUGCGUCGGCGCAAGUAUUUGGCACGCGACAACCACAACACAAUGGUACAAAUAGACGAUUCACUGGAAUCUAGGGUUUCAAAAACCUGCCCGGAACCUAAUCGAACACUACUCUUUACGGCAUGGGCUCGCGAUCUUGCCGCCCUUAAAGAAGCCUUGAGCGACAGCGAACAGUCAAGCGCACAAGACCCCGAGACUGGCGAAAGUCUACUUCACGCUGCCAUUCGAUCAUGUGGCCCGGCCGAAAACACUACCCGAGUUCUUUCAGAGGGUGAUAUUGAGGAAGGUUGUGUGGAAGAAGCCAAGGAAAUUGUCCAGGAGCUGUUCUUUUCUGGCGCCAUCUGGAACGAUGUUGACUCCAACAAUGAGACGCCUGGUUGCGUAGCGCUCCGCCUUGGUCGCACCUCGCUCUACGAGAUGUGUGUCGAUGCUGGCGUUCGUGCUGAACUUUUGUUUGCCCUCAUGGACGGCUACGAGCAACUUUCGUCAGCCCCAGAAGAGAUGGAACAGGAUGCGCCAGACGCCAUCGACGAUCCGUCCGACGUGGUGGAUGGCCAGCCCUCCUUUGUGGCGGAUCAAUUCGUCCCCCCGGACGCAGGAGAAAAACAAGUUACUAGCGAAGAAUAUCUCAAAUCCACGGUUAACUAUGACGGCGACAAGCUUCUCGACGCAGACCUUAACGGUGUCAUGAUGGCAUGGGAGACAGAUAUCAUGCGCCAGUCUGUGAAAGCCUUGCUACCAGACAACCAGCCGGGGAAGCGCAUUCUUAAUAUCGGGUUCGGUAUGGGAAUUAUUGACGGCAUGUUUGCCGAAACGAAUCCGGCUCGUCAUCAUAUCAUCGAAGCCCAUCCCGGUGUCCUCGCUCACAUUGCGGCAGGUAGGACCAACUUCGGCAGUGAAUGGGAAAAGAGCGGCCCAGAGGAUGGUGCCUUUAAGGUCCAUGCUGGUCGAUGGCAAGAUAUUGUCCCGCUCCUGGUUGAGAAGGGUGAAGUCUAUGACGCUAUUUAUUUCGACACCUUUGGUGAAGACUAUGCGGAGUUGCGAAAUUUCUUUACAGAGAGUAUCAUCUCUCUUAUGGACCAGCAGGGCCGGUUCAGUUUCUUCAAUGGCCUUGGAGCUGACAGACAAGUCUGCUACGAUGUUUAUGCCAAGGUUGUGGAGAUGCAGUGCUCUGAAGCUGGUCUAGAUGUCCAGUGGGAGGUCAGCAAUGUGGACAUGUCUGCUCUAGAUAAAGAUGGUGAAGGUGACUGGCAAGGUGUGCGACGACGUUAUUGGACGUUAAACAAAUAUCGCUUGCCUAUUUGUACAUUUAUGGGCUGAAAAGUACUUAUCAUGAACGCAUUGGGUGGUCUUCCUGUCUUUUGUUUUGUUGGUCGGUUUUGCCUCCUUUUAUUGCCAAAAGAAAAGUAUCACGCAGAAAUGAACUUGCUAGAGAUAUCAUUGUAGACAAUCGCAUCUUCCUAUCGUUAUUUUAAGUGGUCUGUAGUCUCUAUUUUGACAACUAAGUACCUUCAAAAAGUGUCGGACUUUCUACUGAAAGUUCUCUGGCUUUAAAAUGCCCGCCAGAUUACCCGCCUGAACACGUUUCAGAGUCAGUGCCGCAAUUAGGGCAGCUCCAACACCGCUACCAUCUUCAGCAGCAAGAAUUUCAAUGGGGUCCUCAUCCUUAGGGUCCUUCUUCUCAGGCCAGUCGAGGAUCUCUCGUAGUGCCAACGCACCACGUGCCUUGAAGUGAGGAUAUUUGUUAAAGACUGACCCGUCCGCACCAACGUGACAAGUCUCGUAAUUCUUCUUCUUGCAGAUAGCUGCAACGCCGCAUGCAGAUAGACGAGCGGCACGGGUUCCAAUGAGCUCCGCAAGACGACGAACAAGCUCAAGCUCAGGCGCAGUGCAAACAAGAUUGAGCUUGGAGUUGAAGAGAUCAAAUGUCUCCUGGAGGUUCUCAAAAGGGUCCCUAGGAUGUGGUUAGCAGAGCACUGGCGGGUCAUUAGUUAUGCGCUUACUCUUCAACAGCAGACAGAAACGAAGCAUCGAGAGAGUAGGCCUUGCGGAGCGCUGCAAUAUCUUGACCUUCAAAAAUGUGGAUAUCCUUGUUAUCAUGCAGAUCAACAAGGACAAGACGGAAAAUCUCUCCAAGAUAGAGGCCUGCAAUCAUUUUCUCAAAGGCCUGUUGGCCGGGGCGAGGCGAAUCAUCAUCGAUACUAACAUCGUACUUGGUACGAGGCAGAAUUUUGUGUUCGUUGUCGAAUGCACCCCAUUCACAAUUGAUUGCCAUAGGCAUGUCUGCGGGGAGUCCCAUAUGAGCGAGUUUAGGGAUAUGGCCACAUUCUUCCAUGUAAGCAGCAUUACAACCGGUUCCAAAAAUGCAACCAAUCUUCAUCUUGGGGUCGGUGUACGCGGAUGCAAUCAUAGUACCAGUUGUGUCAUUGAUUAAUGCUGCAAUCUUGAUUGGAACACCCUAUUGAAAUCGAUUAGCACAGGACCCCUAUCGACAAGGUCUACACAACUUACUCGCUUAGCAAGUGCCGCAUCAAGCAUGGGGACAACGUUCUCUCCUUCAACUCCGUCUAUGUCGAAGCCUUUGGUCCAACGCUGCAGAAUACCUUCAUCAAUAUAGUUUUGAGUAGCAGGGUAUGAGAAUGUAAAGCCGAGGGGAAGUUUAUCGAAGUCUUUCUGUUCACCAUGGUGUGUUUCGAUGAACUGGUUCAGACAGUCGGCGAUGUACUCCCAGAGUUCAUCACUCUUGCCAGUUUUGAGCUCUUCGGGCAUUCGAUACUUCGAUUGAAUGAUAUCAAACUCAGACUUUCGGUCGCUAAGAGUGAUUUGACAAACUCUAAGGUUAGUACCUCCCAUAUCAAGGGCCAGGUAGGUUCCUGUUUCAUAGCCGUCAGGGAAGGACAUCACCCAAGUCGCAUUCAUCGGCUAUGUUUGGGUUAGUUUCAACAAGUGCCGUUUCGGUCAUUGGACUUACAAUGCUACCGCCUUCAAUGCUAAGGCCUGUUUCAAGAAUUAGCAGCAAGGAAGCGAUAGUACGACUCAAGAUUACCUACCCUUGGCAAGCUCAGAAAUGAAGUGCUCUGUGAUAGCCUUCAGCUUAUCCGUCGGUACGGUAAAGAUCUCCUCCAGUUGACGGAUUUCCUUGAGAAGAUCCUUCGGAAUUUCCGUCCCCGACCCUGUAAGUGUAUUGUUAGCUCAAGUUUCGGUAUACAAAACACAGCAGUCAGGUGCCCGCUGCUAGACUUUUCCCGGAUACGCCACAAGUGCUAUACGUGACUAAGUCGUCUCAUAUUAAAAUAUGGGCAAUCAUCAAGACAGGUUGAUUUUCAAACCUGAGUGACGACUGGUACCAGAUGGAUAAUAGCGAACCUUUUCUAGAGGGGGGAGGGCGAGGUCCAAGGCCAACCAUGAUAACGCUUUAGGAUGUCGCGGGGUUUUGGAGGGGUCGAUGACGUAGAGCAAUUGACAACGGCAACCGCUAUUGAGCUAUAGGAGGCGGUGCGAGUUGAGAUAUAUUGUACCAGAGAUACGCCAAACGACCAAGAAGAUUCUGAAGAACUGCAGUCGUUAGGCUUUUGUUGGGUGUAGAUGCAGACGGUUGAAACAGAAACGGACGUGGGAAGGGCAAGCUUAUCUUUAGUGGCCUAGUGGCACAAGUGGUUCAACACAGCUUUAGGCAUACCCUUUUUGGGUGCCCAUUGAAAUGGAAAUCCAGAACAUUGUAUAUACCUCAUCCCAUAAAGCUUGAGGUUUAUAUAUAUAGGGUAGGCAAUGAUAUUUCGCGUACAUAUUUCUUGCCGUUUACUUUCAUACAGUAAAAAAUUGAACGUCUCAGUCCCAGCACCAAAAUUGUUUGUUGGGCAGCUCUUGGUAUCUCCACUGCGAGUCCGGCGAUCAACUUAACACCCAAAAUGGCGGCAAAUGUUCCACAACACAGAUCCAGUAUUGGGCAUGGAAGAAUUAUUAAAGUCGUGCCUACAUUAGUUGCUUUGCUUUAUUUAUCCUUUUAGAUACCUAAAUAUCAUCUCAUUACAGGCUCGCGUUUAUUUUGUCGCUCUCGUUUUCU